AUGACUGAUCUAAACGAAACUCAAGAAAAAGAAUUAUUUAACGUUAAUUUUCAAUAUGGUCGUUGGUUAUCCUCUCCGCCAGCCGGUGAGGAAGUUGUCAUAUCUGGCAUGUCUGGUCGUUUUCCCGAAUCUGAUAAUGUCUACGAGUUUCGUGACAAUCUGUUUAACAAAACGGAGAUGGUUACCGAAAAUGAGAAAAGAUGGAAAUUGGAUCAUCCCGAUGUACCAAAAAGAAGUGCUAACAUUAAUAAUAUUAACAAAUUGGAUGCUGGGUAUUUUGGACUACAUUAUCGUCAAGCUAAGAAUUUAGAUCCCUCAUUGAAAGUUUUAAUGGAAACAGUCAUUGAAGCUAUUAUGGAUGCUGGAGUAAAUCCGUUAGAACUGAAAGGCAGCAAAACUGGCGUAUUCAUUGGUUUUUGCUAUUCGGAUGUGGAAAAUAUGACCCUCGUCGAGAUGACGAAGUCACAACAGUUUUGCGUUACCGGUUUUCUUAAAUCUUUGUUGGCCCAUCGUCUCAGUUAUUAUUUGAGAUUAAAAGGACCAUCUUUCAUAGUCGACACAGCUUGUAGCAGUUCUGGGAAUGCUCUUCAUUCAGCCUUUAAGUCUAUGAGAAGCGGUGAAUGUGAAAAUGCAAUAGUCGCUAGCUGUAAUUUGACUAUCCAUCCUGGCGUUACAAUUCAAUUUUCUCGCUUAGGAGUUUUAAGUCCGGAAGGAAUACCUAGAGUAUUCGAUCAGGACGCAAACGGUUACGUUAGAAGUGAGGCUUGUACAUGUUUUUUGCUGCAAAAGUCAAAAAAUGCAAAACGAAUUUACGCACAAAUUAUUAACACGAAAGUGAAUACCGACGGUUUUAAAAAGGAAGGGAUAACAUUUCCUUCUUCGCGAGUGCAGGAAGAACUUAUGACUGAAAUAUACAGAGAAAGUAGCAUUGAGUUCUCAGAACUCAGCUACGUUGAAGCACAUGGUACUGGCACCCAAGCUGGUGAUCCUGAAGAAGCUAAUGCUAUAGACAGGGCUUUGGCCAAAAAUUGUGGAAAGGAGCUUCUCGUGGGUUCAGUAAAGUCAAAUAUUGGUCAUACUGAACCUGUUUCAGGUUUGUGUUCAAUCGUAAAAGUACUGAUUGCAAUGGAAACCGGACUCAUACCACCUAAUAUCAACUUGAGAAGAGUUCGAAAAGGACUGGAAGGGAUUGAACAAAACCGAAUGAAAAUUGUGACGGAAACUACUGAGCUUUUAGAGCAUGAUGCUGUUGUAGGUGUUAAUAAUUUUGGGUUUGGGGGUAACAAUUGUCAUAUGAUACUACAAAGGUUUAAAAAACGUAAAAUCGAUGGUGGACUGCCGAAAGAUGAUGUUCCCAGACUAAUUUGUGUCAGUGGUCGCACUAAUGAAGCAGUUUUGAAAAUUUUAAACGACGUUAGUAACAAAAGCUUGGAUGAAGAACAUGUCGGUCUCCUCCACCAGUUAUAUAAAACUAAUACCCCAAACCAUUUCUAUAGAGGAUAUGCAAUCGUUUCAAAACGUGAUAUUAUCAAAGAUUUGGAAUGUUUUCCUACUUGUGUUUUCGGUAACAAAAUCGCUACUGCUUAUUAUAACAAUAUUGUUCAACUGGAAGAAGCUGUAUCAGCAGCUAUAGAAUUUAGUCAAAUGAAUUCUGAUGCUAAUUUGAAUUUCCAAACAUUACCAGACUUAGCGGAUUCAAAAGAGAAAAACCAAACAAAGGGGGAUUAUUUGACUUGUCAAAAUUUUAUUAAAUCAUCGAAAGGCGCUGUUAUACUAAAUAUAUCCGACCUGCCGCUCAAUGGUGAAGAUAAUUUACUAGUACAAAAUGGUGACGUCAAUUUACUGGAUUUGUUGGGACGGUUAUAUACACAAGGUUACCUUCCCCAAGUUCAUAAACUGUACCCUCAAAUAAAAUUCCCUGUGAGUAGAGGCACCUCCAUGGUCUCACCUUCUGUUCAAUGGAAUCACGACAAAUCAUGGACCACAUACAAAUUUAGUGACUUUACCUCAUGGGACACUGAACAGAGAGUCCACAGAAUUUCAUUGUUAUACGAGGACCAUCAGUUUAUGAGUGGCCAUUGCAUUGAUGGACGUAACCUUCUCCCUGCUACCGAAUAUUUACAUUUAGUUUGGCAAACAUAUGCACAAAGUCGACGAUUAUUAUCGUCCGAUAUUCCUGUAGUAUUUGAAGACUGUAAGUUCAUGAGAGCUGUUACAUUGCCUAAGAGUGGUUACGUAAAACUGCUUAUAACGAUUCAAAGGGGCACAGGCAAAUUUGAGAUUUUAGAGAAAGAUUCGAUGAUAGUUAGUGGUCGAAUUCAUCACUGUCCAAAUGCAAGUGAACAACAAGUUAAUCUACCAAAUUUUCAUUCCUUCAGUGACAAUAAAUUAGAAAUAUUGAAACAAGACGAUAUUUAUCGGGAAUUUUACCUACGAGGUUACAAUUACAGCGGUUUAUUCAAAUCAAUUAAACGAUGCAAUGCAGACGCUUCUACAGGACUGAUUAAAUGGGAGAACAAUUGGUCAGCUUUUAUGGAUAAUAUGCUUCAAAUGAAAAUUCUUCAGUGUGACACAAGGUUACUUUUCGUACCUAUUGGCAUAAAGAAAAUAAUUAUAGAUCCUAAAAUUCUACAACAACUAAAUACUUUAAAACAAAGUUUUGUGCCUCUUAGCAAAAAUGGAUUUAUCCUAACACGAGAAGAUAUCAGUUUCAGUUUAGAAAACGAUAUUGAUGAAAUAGACAUUGUAACUGAGUAUGUAACACCCAAUGAAAGAAUAUUUUUAAUGAAGAAAAAAGUUGAAAAUUAUGAACCCAAGUUCAUUGAAGUAUCUUCGAGUAAUGUCAACUGGAUCCCAGUGUUACAAAAAGCUUUAAAUCUUGGAAAAGAUGUUAUAACUCAUGCGACAAAUCGAGAUCCCGAAGGAAUAUUGGGUUUAAUAAAUUGCAUCAGACGAGAAAGCAAUGGAAACUUAGUUAAGUGUUUCUUCAUGAUGGACGAUGCUCCGGAAUUUGAUCCCCAACAUUCGUUUUAUAGUAAACAAAUCAAUAAAAACUUGGCUAUAAACAUUUAUAAGGAUAAAUCUUGGGGAACAUAUCGACAUUUGCUCUUGGAAGAGAGGCCGAAGAUUAACUGUGAACAUUCUUACGCAUAUUUUAAAUCGAGAGGAGACAUAUCCAGUUUCGAAUGGUUAGAAGGAGCUUUAUGUAAAGAAGUUCCACUGAAAGAAGAACAACUUUUAGUUUCAACAUGCUACUCGUCAAUUAACUUUAAAGAUGUUAUGGCCGCUUCUGGGCGUGUAAACCCCGAAAUAUUACAAUCGCAUCGACUUGAUCAAGAAUUUCUCAUAGGAUUUGAAUUUUCAGGAAUAGAUCUAAGUGGUCGCAGAAUAGCUGGAAUGACUAACACUCAAGGUAUUUCAUCUUAUGUUACUUUCGAUUCUUCCUUAUUUUGGACAAUACCAGACUCAUGGACGCUUGAAGAUGCAGCAACGGUUCCUGUUGUCUAUUCCACUGUUCUUUACGCUCUUUUAAUGGUUGGCGAAAUGAAAUCGGGUUCUUCAGUUCUUAUUCACUCCGCCACUGGUGGUAUCGGACUAGCUGCCUUGAACAUUUGUCUUCAUUAUAAAUGUGACAUUUACGUAACAGUUGGCACUCAGGAAAAAAGAGUGUAUUUGAAAGAAAAUUAUCCACAAAUUCCAGAUGACCAUAUUGGUAAUUCACGAGACACCUCAUUUGAACAGAUGAUCAAAAAACAAACCCGGAAUAAAGGAAUUGACCUGAUUUUGAACUCUCUAAGUGAGGAUAAGCUGCAGGCUUCGAUUAGGUGUUUAGCACAAGAAGGAAAGUUUUUGGAAAUUGGCAAAUACGAUUUGGCGAAUGACAGCUCUUUAAAUCUUUUGCUCAUGGAAAAAGAGGCUAGUUACCAUGGAAUAUUUUUGGAUGAUGUUUUUAGAGAUAUUAAGGAAAUGAAGACCAAACUCGUAAAACGUUUAGUAGAGGGAAUUGGAGCUGGUUUUGUUAAACCACUUCCCAGGAUUGUGUUCAAUGCAGAUGAGAUUGAAAAAUCGUACAGAUACAUGAUGUCAGGUCAACAUAUUGGGAGAAUAUUGAUUAAGCUACGGAAUGAAGAACAAGACAAUGCUAAUAAAUUCCAGAUCAUGUCUAAUCCACGUUUCAACUGUGACAUACGUUAUACGUACGUCGUAAUUGGAGGGCUGGGUGGCGUCGGUUUAGAAUUAACUGACUGGUUGAUUCUGAGAGGUGCAAGAAAACUGGUAUUAAGUUCGAGAUCGGGUGUUCAAAAUGGUUACCAUCAGCAAAGAAUAAAUGUUUGGAAAACAUACGGUGUUGAAGUUACAAUAUCCACGACAGACGUAACCACUGAACAAGGAUGCGAAGAUUUAGUUAGAGAAGCGAAUGCGCUUGGACCUGUUGAUGCUAUUUUUAACUUAGCUGUUGUCCUUAAAGACGCGCUAUUUCAAAAUCAAACUCAAGAAAAUUUUGAAGCUUCGUUAGCGCCAAAAGCUCACGCUACACUAUAUUUGGAUCGAGUCACUAGGAAGUUGUGCCGAAAAUUAAGGUAUUUUGUUGUAUUUUCAUCAGUAUCCUGUGGUCGUGGGAACCCGGGUCAGAGCAACUACGGUAUGGCAAACUCUGUUAUGGAAAGGAUAUGUGAGAAUCGAAAACGAGACGGAUUACCAGCUGUAGCCAUCCAAUGGGGCGCGAUCGGUGAAGUUGGCUUGGUGGCAAAAUUGCAAAAAGAUAACAAAGAGUUAGUGAUUGGUGGUACCCUUCAACAAAAAAUUUCAAGCUGUCUUGAAGCGUUAGAUGUCCUGUUAAAGCAUAACUACCCGGUUGUUUCUAGUAUGGUAGUUGCCGAAAAACACGACAGAAGUGGCGCGUUUAGUGCAGUAGAAGCGGUUGCUAAUGUUUUAGGAGUAAAAGAUAUGAAAACUAUAAGUCAGUACACGACAUUUGCAGAACUCGGGAUGGAUUCGAUGAUGGGAACAGAGAUUAACCAAAUUUUAGAGAAAGAUUUUGAAAUUUACGUAACACCUAAAGAAGUGAUGACUUUAACAUUUGCAAAACUGACUGAAAUGGAGGCAGAUAAAAUGAAAAAAUCUGGAAACAUUGUAGACGAAAAGAUAGAGGAAGGCACAAAUUUGCUCAUCCAAUUUAUUCCCAGUGGCGAAAAUGUUGAGUUGGGUGCUGUAACUUUAAAUAGUCAAGUGGAUUCAGGUGUAGAAGCUCCAAUUGUUUUGGUGUUACCAGGAGUGGAAGGCGAUUUCAAACCACUAGAAUAUUUGACAAGUUCGUUAAACGCACACGUAAUAGGAAUACGGUACAGUUAUAACAAUCCAAAGGACAGUAUUCAAGAAACUGCACAGAAUACACUGCCGCACAUUCAAAAUUAUCUAUCCAGAAAAAACCCCAUUUACAUUGUUGGACAUUCAUUUGGGGCUUUAGUCGGCCUAGAAAUCAUCUGUUUGCUAGAAAAGAAGGGUCAUAAUAUUAUCAUGAUUUUAAUCGACGGUUCACCAACAUAUUUAACUUCUUCUUUAAAAAAACAUUUCGCCCAUGAAACUGAAGCUCACUUCCAAAUUGCGAUUUUAAACAAAAUCGCUUCUUUUGUUAUUCCAUUGGACAUACUUGCGCAACAUGAGGACACAUUGCUGAAGUGCAAAGAUUUAGAAGAACGAAUGGAUUUGUUGUUGGCUUCGUUACCUUCCGAAGCAAUUAACAAACAGAAGUUAGAAAAGCAGGCAGCUGUUGCGUUGUAUAUGCGAUGUAAAGCUGCAAAACUUUCCAUGAUUGACGAAGAAGAUGACUAUCAAAUGUCUAAAAUAUGCGAUAACCUGGCAGAAGUAACUACGAUAGAUGGUGACCAUGCAACAGUUUUAAAUAGUCCCGAUCUUGUUAAAGCUAUUAGCGAAAUUGUAGCCCUGAAAUCAUAA